AUGAGGGGCAGAGACAGCUUUCUGCUCACACUCUGCUUUUUGCUCACGGCUGCUUUGUGCUUGGAGACAUCUGAUAUAAAGAUGGUGGUAGUUCUCAGAACAAUUGCGAGGCCGUGGAGCAAGGCAAAACUGUUCUGCCAGACACAUCACAUUGACCUGGCCUCUGAGGACAGGGUGAGAGCCAAUGCCGAAUGGGUGGCAAGUUACGAUACCGAGGAAGUCUGGAUUGAUGACCAUGAAGACACCUGGGAUUACCAAUUCUGGAGGAGAGUUACUCCUCGGUAAAAACUGGAUCUGAAAAGUAUCUCAGUGCUGAUAUCAUAUAAAAUAAGAAAGAGGUAAAACUCAUUUGCUUUGCGUGUUCAUGUUUUGUUCUAUCAGGCAAGAUGGAGAGGACAUUGAAUCCAACACAUCUCCGGCACAGAGAAAUCCAGAUGAGCAAGUCUGUGAAUUUUUUGACACAAAUUCAAAAACAGUGCGCAGCAGAGAGUGCUCUCAGCAGCAUCGCUUCGUCUGCCUUGGUGACAACCUGGUGCUGGUGAAGAAGAACAAGACUUGGGAGGAUGCGCUGCAGCAUUGCAAGGACUUGGAAACUGAAUGUGAUGAGCACAGCAACAGGUUGUGCAAGCUUGGUUUCACUCUCCUGACCUUGCAGCAGUCUGACCACGACUAUGUCAGAAAAAGGAUGAAACAUUCAGACAUUGAGGAGGUUUGAGUUAUUAGCUUGAAUUUCUCUCUUUAGUGUUCUGAAAUGACAAAAUUGCUCAAUAGUUUUCACUUGUGACCCUAUAAGUAAUGUAAUAUAUACUGCUGCGCAGCUCAGAUGAAACUUCCAGCCUCUUGUGACAAUCAGGGAGAUGAUGUGAGACAGGAAGUUACAUAUUUGAAUAAGGCGUAAACUUAAAAUGCCUCAUUCAGUUUGAUUAAAAACUCUAUUAUUAAUGAUUUGUUUACAGAUAAAUGAGAAAAUUAUGCUUGUGUUUUACAUUUUUACUUCGAUAUUUUAAAUAUAGGCCUAUCAUCUGAAUACUCAUCAGUCAAAUUACCACAAGGAUAUUGUGAGUGUCUCUAAGAUUCAAAGUGUAGCAGCAGUUGUAAUGUUAUUAAAGCCAAAGCACAAAAAUGAUAAAACAACGACAUAUUACUCUGUGUGCCUCAGGUUUGGACAGGCCUGCGCUUCCUCGAAGGACACUGGUUUUGGGCAGAUGGACAGGAGCUGAGCGAUGAGGGUGCGCUGCCACAGUGCCCAUCCCAGUGGAAACACUGUGGGAUUUUCUCCAGAAAUGACACAGAUAACUGGAUCACCAGGGACUGCUCGGAAAAAAGAAACUUCAUCUGCAUUAAAAGUAUAAACAGGGAGCGGAACAGACGAAAUCAGGAUGAUGACGACGACAAUGAUGAUGAUGACAAUGAUGACAACGAUGAUGAUGACGACAACAAUGAUGAUGACAACAAUGAUGACGACAACAAUGAUGACGACAACGAUGAUGAUGAUGACGACAACAAUGAUGACGACAACAAUGAUGACGACAACAAUGAUGACGACAACAAUGAUGACGAUAACAAUGAUGACGAUAACAAUGAUGACGAUAACAAUGAUGACGACAACGAUGAUGAUGACGAUAAUGAUAAUGAUGAUGAUGAUGAUGAUGAUGAUGAUUAAUGACGACAAUGAUGAUGAUGAUGAUGAUGAUGAUGAUGAUGAUGAUGAUGAUGAUGAUGAUGAUGAUGAUGAUGAUGAUGAUGAUUAAUAUUCUUGACACUCUCCAGGUAAAUAGCCUGAGCUCUCUGCUUGGAGAUAGUUUAUACGUUUGGUCAUUACAAUAAUAUUGGGAAAUAGAGGCCAGUUAUUUGCAUAUUUUAGAUAAAAAAGCAUCAUUGAACACUACCAGGUAGACUGAAACUCACAAUAUAUUUACCUUGAUCAAUAGAGGUGUUUUGUGGAACUAAUUGUCUUCUGUGGUGUUUGACGAAUUAAUGUACUCUUGUUAUCUGUGCUGCGUGUCGUACAGUUGAUUGAAUUAGGCAUAAUUUAAAAAUGAUUUCUCUAUAUUAUUUAUCCUUCUUUAAAUGAAACUCAUAACUCCAAUCAGCUAGAUCCACUAAGAGCUUUGAGGCAACACUUGGUCCCUGAAUUCUGAAUGUAGAACAUCUAUGGUUCUAUGUUUUGUUGAACAUUUACAGAUAUUUUAGAAAUCUGUUCAGAAUUUAGUCAGAAAUGCAAUGCAGACAUUGAUUACUAAUAUUGACCCCAACCAGGUAACCAGGUUUUAGACUUUGUAUUGAGUUUUGAUGUCUUAAAAGUUCACCUCUAGGGAAAAAAAUGACACACCUAUAUCAAACAACCUCAAGCAUGUUUUAUUAAAAAUAACAUUUAAAAACUGCUAUCACUUAACCUGAGUUAUAAGCUCUUUAAAUGGUUUAAUACAGUAAUUCAAUUUUUGACUUGAAAUUGUGAGCACACAAAACCUCUCCUGUAAAUGCUGAAUGAUAAAAUGCAUAAAUUGAGUGUUUUAGUGGUUGUAAACAAACAAUGACAUCAGACAAUGACAACAGUCUAAAAAACGAUGUGCUGGUCACUGUGAUAGAUCAGACCAACAUGCCAUGUUCCUUUGCUCUGGGAUAGAAUGAGUUACACCUAUAUCUGUGUUUGUUUUGUGAUUUGAGUUAUGAUCAUCAGAUGUUAAAGGUGCAGUCUGUAGUAUUCAGUGACAUAAUAUGUGAAAGUAAACCAGUGUUUGCUGACCUGAGUCAGCCCAUCAUCAAUUCAGCCAUGCCCCUAAUAAUGCAAAAGCCCAAACCUUUAUUUCUUAGUACUGACAAGUUAUUUAAAAAAAAAAAAACCUGAAUUGUGUUUGUAGAUGAAAAAAUAACCUAUUCAGGCCAAGACCAUUUUUUUCUAGCUGUUUUGAACAGUUAUACAUUCAGGUUGUGCUUUUGCAGCCAGCCUCUAGUGACCACUGAAGGAGCUGUAGUUUUUGGCCCUUUUACAUCAGCCUCAUACCGAAUACCAAAUACCAAAAAUAAAAAAAAAAUAAAAAAAGAAAUACCGAGAGUUUUUUGGCUUCAAAUCCGUAUACAGGAGGGAAGCGGAACCAAGUUGUCCAUAGUUUAUACAGUCUACGGGAAAGACGCCCUCUGGCAUUCUGCUCACAACGUAUUUCCAAAGUAAUUCACUUAGAAUUAAAAACAGAUACACCGAGCAAUUGCUGCAAUAUCUUAUAUCGCUUAGAUAACAUCCAUUAUGACUCGUUUUUCUCCCCUCAAAAACAGUGCAAUUGAUCAAAAUGCUUUAAGUUCCCACCGAAGAUUUCGUCGGACGCAUUUCAGGGACGAGCCAAGGCUACUUCCGGUCGUCAUUCAACGGGAGCACGGCCGUCUGUCUUUUUUAAACGGUAAGUGAUACACAGAGAGGAUCUAAUCUACGCCUGCUGUCAUGCUGAUGAAAUAGUGAUUUAUUAAAAUGUCUGUCAUGGUGAAAUUGUCGGGGCUGAAAUAUGUUAAAGACCCUUUUUGACUGAUAUGGAGGGGCGCGUGAACACCUGACAGGUCGAUGCUAGUUCAGCUAGCCGUGAUUACCGAUUAUUAAGGUUAUGAGACACAUUAUAAAGUGACUUUGGCACAUGAUUUUGUGAACGACUUACACAAGGAAUCUCCCAGGACCCAACAGUGAUGAAAUAUGUCUGUUAGCUUGUUUGUAUUAAUGUAUUAAAGGUGAAUUCAAGCGACUGCAGUGCGUUUAUUUCAUGGUUUGUAUUGAAGUACUGGGACAAAUAAGCAAACUUUAAUCUGACCUUUUAAUAUUUUAAGGUGUAGCUGCUCUUCUCUGUUUUGUUCGUGUUAUGAAUUCAUUACUGAAAGCCAGGGGACUGUCAUUCCUGAGAUCCUCGAGGUUAGAGGAUGAGAAAAGUGUAUAUGUACGGUCCAUUUACCAUCUACCUCCUGUUUCUGUUUGUCUGCAGGGAGCCGAGACCAGACAUCAUGACGCUGUUUCACUUUGGGAACUGCUUUGCCCUGGCCUAUUUCCCUUACUUUAUAACAUACAAGUGCAGCGGCCUGUAAGUGUCUGUCUUGAUCAGUGAUCUGUUUCAUUGCCUGUUGAUGUUGUCUAAGUUUACACUGUUUCCCAACCAUCAGCCCAUCUUAAGUCAGUGGAGCCUAGUUUAAAGGGGUAUUCCGGCAUAACAUUAAUUUAGGGUCAAACACACCGUCACACCGAGAGAGACACCGACCGUUUGCUUCUCCAGCUAUACCAGCUUUAGUAAUGACCGCACAAUAGUAAUACACAGUGGUCUGAGGAGCCACACAAAACGCCACUCUAUAGCCACAAAUAAUGCUCAGAACAGCUCCUAACUUCAUCAACAGUACAUAUAGGGUCCAAACCAUAGCACUAGCCGUCAAAAUUAUUUUUAGUUUUGACUAACUUCUUUAGCAAAGAGACUAAAUACAACUCACCAACUCUCUUCCAGCAGCUGCUUGUUUGUAGCGAGACCUUGGUCAAGUCCAAUAUGGACUACAGUGGGGUGACGCAGCUCAAGGAAGAACAUUAAUGGUAAUUUCUUUAUGGAAAUGCAAUCAGACCGAGACGCUAAAGCAGAAGAACUACCACGUCUGCAGUGCAAAAUGAUUAAUAUGAUGAUUAUUACUUCAAGGAAAUGAUAAAGUAAUGAUCAUAAAUGUUCUUCCUUGAGCUGCGUCACCCCACUGCAGUCUAUAAUGGACUGGCCUGAGGUCUCGCUACAAACAAGCGGCUGCUGGAAGAGAGUGGGUGAGUUGUGUUUAGUCUCUUUGCUAAAGAAAUUAGUCAAAGCUAAAAAAGAUGUUUGGUAGCUAGUACUAUGGCUGGGACCCUAUAUGUACUGUAGAUGAAGUUAGGUGUUGUUCUGAGCAUUAUUUGUGGCUAUAGAGCGGCUUUUUGGUUGAGGUUUGUUUAUGGCUCCUCAGACCGCUGUGUAUUGCUAUUGUGCGGUCGUUACUAAAGUUGGUAUAACUAGGGAAGCAAGCAGUUGGCAAUAUCCAUUUCUCGAGGGGGUGUCUAACUCGGUGUUACAAUGUGUUUGACCCUAAAUCAAUUUUACGCUGGAAUAUCCCUUUGAGUCAGCGGAGCCUAGUUUAAGUUUAAGACACUGUUAAUCCACUCUUAUAUCAAAGUUUUCAUCAUUACUUAUUCAGACGUGGUUUCUCUUGUAUUCCUCUGCUGCUUUAGUAACAUAUGUUGAGAGAUUAAGAAGUCUGUUGAUAAUCUGAUUAGUAAUGGCAGAGGUUUGGGAGGGGGUCUGCAUAAUCUUCUUAGAACUGUGAAGUGUGCUCUUGAAUUUGUACCUAACAAGAUAAUGUUUAUUUCAAUUACUGUUAACCACAAAUGACUUUAAAAGACCAUAUGCUGUUUUGUUUUUGAUAACUUGACAUAUGUUGAGUCCUGUGCCUUCUUCUUUUGCUUAAAUCCUGGCAUUAAAAUGUUUCUGUUUUUACUUUUAGCUCUGAGUAUAAUGCUUUUUGGAGAUGUGUCCAGGCUGGAGCAACAUACCUGUUUGUCCAACUCUGCAAGGUGAGAGAGCAGUCUGCUGAUGGUAAAAUUUGACCAAGUUUUCAUCUCUGGACACCUGCAGGCAAAGUUAACAGGUUUUUUGUUUUCUGUGUUUCAGAUGUUGUUCCUCGCCACAUUUUUCCCCACAUGGGAGGGAGGAGCAGGUGUUUAUGAUUUUGUAGGGGUGAGUGUUUUGUCUUCAUCUGAGGAAGGAUUUAUGUUUCUCCUCACUGUGUUAAAUUUGUCAAAUGUCUAAAAUAACACCGGGAAUAUAUUUUCUUGUUUGCCAGGAAUUCAUGAAGGCAACAGUGGACUUGGCAGACCUGCUGGGCCUCCAUCUGGUGAUGUCUCGUAACGCUGGCAAAGGAGAGUACAAGAUCAUGGUGGCUGCUAUGGGCUGGGCCACAGCAGAACUUGUGAUGUCCAGGUAGACCAUGAUACUGCUGUCAAAUUCUCGUAUUUGCACUCAUACUUGACCAAUAAAGCUGAUCCUGAUUCUGAUGCUGUCUCGUGCUAAGUACAAUGCUGCUUUUGUUUUCUGUCCCGUUGUGACCCUCCAGGUGUCUCCCUUUGUGGGUGGGAGCAAGAGGGAUCGAGUUUGACUGGAAAUACAUCCAGAUGAGCUUUGACUCUAACAUUAGUUUGGUGAGUAUCUAACCUCCUCUGCUGUCUCGCUCAUGUUCUAUGUCUUCAGUCAACUUCUGAAAUUAUUACAAUAAGAUGUUAGUUUACAUCUGUUAUUCAGAUUUAACAAUGUGUCUUUCUUUAGAUUAUUGCCUUUGUCAAUAUAAUCUGAGUCUUGAAAAGUAGUAUCUGAAUCUGUCAAACCACAAAGUUAAAAUUAGGGAUUUGAUCUUCUCUCUAGGUCCAUUAUAUUGCCAUGGCAGCAGUGGUGUGGAUGUUUACCCGGUACGACCUUCCGAAAAGCUUCCGACUUCCUGUCACCGUGCUGCUGGCUCUCUGUGUCUACAAGGCCUUCUUGAUGGAGUGAGAGUGACAUCCUUUUACACACACUUAACAUCUAAACUUUCGAGAACUUUAUUUCACCCUGGACUUAUUUUCAGGAGUGGAAAUUAACAAAGAGGUGGAACAUGUUGAUUAUUUAAGGGUUUAGAGCAGUGGUUCUCAACUGGUCCUUAAGUCAAGACCCACUUUUAUAAAAUUCAAACCAAACACAUUUAUUUUUUAUAAAAAUAACCUUCGAAGACUCAAAUCUUUAACAUAAAUACACCCAUUUUAUCGAGUAAAGUGCAUUUCAGAGCACAUGAACUGAGGGCGACAACUACUGAAGUUGCGUGUACAGAAAAUAUCAAAUAAAUUGCACAAAAUGGAGACCAGCAAAAUGAAACCUUUUUACUUGUAUGCAUCUCUGCGUGGAUAAAAGUGAAUAAAUAUCAAAUUUCACAAAAUAAAGACAAAAAUUUUUUUAUUUUUACUGCAUUCAGGCCACAUUCAUAAGAAACCGAGGAGGACCACAUAAUGCGUGCCUUUCAAAAUAAGCUCAAUUUAGACCAUGAAAUAUCUUGAGGCACACAGAAAUCUUCAUUUUAUUACAUGUAGAAAAUGUGUACAUUUCGAAAUUUAAGACUAGCUGAAUAUUAGUUGUGUCUGUGUAGGUUUUUCAAAUGAAAGUAGUAUGUUAAAAAACAGAAAGAAGAAGAAGGAAAAAAUCCUAUCUGUUGUUGACUUUUUUGCUUUGAAAGGGUCAUUUUCUGUACUUAAACUCAGGUGAUUUCAGCUGUUUAAAGUUAAGUCAGAUAAUAACAGCCCAGCUCCAGGUAGAUGGACAGACAUUAGAGUCUUUAAACAAAGGAGUGUUUUUUUGUGUGUGUUUUAGAUGAAUGUUGAUUAAGGCGGAGGAAAACUUUAUUUUGGAGGUUGGAGCAGUUCAUCCAGGGUGAACCUCUAUGUGGUGGUUGCACUUAAUUUCAGGAACCACUGGGUGGAGUUAGUUUGUUACACAAGUGCAAUUGUUCAAUGUGGGUUACUUAAUAAUCAAGCAUUCGCAGAGAUGGCCUUUAUAGAGUGAAUUAGACAUUUUAGGUAUAUUGGAGUUUGAGGUGAAAAGGCAGAUUAAAUAUUUUUAUCACUUCUUAAGGUUUUCUGCCAAUCUGACACAUGGUGUGUUUUUUGUGAUUUGUCUGCAGGUUGUUUGUCCACGUCUUCCUGCUGGGCAGCUGGACUGUGCUGCUGGUGAAAGCCGUGCUGACCGGCGCCAUCUCUCUCUGCUCACUGUUUCUCUUUGUCACCCUGGUCCACAGUAAUUAAGAAAGACUCAGCGCACUGAGACAAUCCUGCAGCAGUAUCUCUUUGGUCCAGACUGAAACUGAGUUUGUCAGAAAAUCAUGAACGUACUCCUGAGUUUCCUCUGGUCUUUUUUUUACCUCACAACACUGAAGACUGAUGAAGAGUACGUGCUGAUGUUUGGUAGUUGGACUGGUCUGACACACGAAACAGGCCAGUGUACCGGUUACCAGCUGUCAGGCUGACAAGUUUGUCUGGUUUGUUUUGUUUGUGCUCAGACGAGUCAUGACAGCAGGAAGCGUCCGGAUGAUCAAUCAUGUUUAACUCUGAUGAUUUUUAUACCAGCAGGACCGCCGAUGAAUUAAUACUUUAGAAAUCUCUUGAUUCUUUUCUAUUACGUCUCCCUUCAGCCAGUGGGAAUUAUAAAGUUUAAAAGUAGUGAAUUGAAAUGUAAUAAAUGACAGUUAUAGUUCAUGAUGUUGCAACAAAUUUAUCAAUUUAUUUAUAUCUCAGCAAAUUUAACAAGUAGUUUACCCAUAACUGUUGCCAGACUUUUCUUAUUUCUAAUGAAAUCAUAAUAAAAAUGUAAAGUCUAUCUAAAUAAGCUGAAAACGGCCCACAUUAUGAGAACGUGAGCAAUGUCGCCAUGAUGUGUUAAACUAAGAACGUUUCUGAUGUUUGAUUCAUAAACAUGUUUUUUGUCUUAUCUCAGACUCAGAGCUUCUUUUUUUAUGGUGAAGCGAUAAGACUGUGUGUUAAAGACCUAAUUGUUGAGAUGUAAUUUAAUACUUUUAAGUCGAGACAGAUAUUAUAUACAAACACUUUGUAACAAAUACAAGUGUGGGCAGACAAAUGUCCUUGUAAAUUCCCCUGUAAUUUACAAAAAACAAUAGGAUUGUCAGUACAACAAAAAAGGUAUAUUUUGAUUUUCAAAAACUUUUGCUUUAACUUGUGAUAGGAUCCAAACUUUUGCCCCUCAUACACUAAACUCAAAAGAGAAUUCUUUCUGCCGCUGAGUUUCUUGUUUCCAUGUUAUGAUGGGGUUCUUGAAGUUCUCACUUCUUUCCCACAUGUCUACUGUUACCUGUUACUUACAAAGGUAUAAAAAAGACUACAGCCAACAGACCUGAAUAGAUGAACAGCUAAAUAGAGAAUAGGACUAAAGAAAAACUGUGAAUGGACAGGAGAAACUUUGGUUUCAAAAUAAAAGGUGUACAACAAAGGGAAUAUGUGUGGGUCUGGCAUCUUUGGCCUGGCCUCUUCCAGUAAAUGUUCUCGAGAAUGAAAAGCUUUAUUAAUCACAUAAAAAUAUUGAAUAUCAUGCAAAACAUCAAAGUCCCUGUUACCAUAUGAAAGUACCACUCAUCACCAGAUUCGGUAGUUUGGUUGUCCUUUCAUCUGAGUGCAUUAAGUAUCUAAAUGCAGGUUGAACUGAUGCCAGAUCUGCCUAAGAAACCUACUUGAUUGUUGUACCCAAAUAUAUUUCCAAAAUGCAUAUCUGUUAUUCAAAACAUGUAACUGCC